AUAUACAAUUCAGAGUUUCUGUGUUCCGAAACUGUACUGAAAAUCUGGAUCGUUGAAAGUUCUUAAUUCUUUGUUUCGUUUUGCCGAAAUUGUUCCGCUAGUGAAUUUUACAAUUAAAAACAUUGGAUCGAGCUCUUAUCGUCAAUGUCUAAUUUACAGUUACAUACUUUAGUUUUGCAGAAUUCUUACCAGCUAAUCUGUUUGAUCCGAGGUGAUCAUUGAGCAAUUGUUGAGUGUCACUAGAUGUGGAGUCAUUGACUAUUUGGUGACUGUCAGGUUUUACUAACAUCCUAUUUUAUGUGGCUCGUCCCUUCAACGUCCGUGACGCCCUUCCGUCAAGUUUCUCGUACCUCUCCUUGCUUUCAUACUGUGAAUCCAAGGGGGGAGAGAAGUUAUUUGUCUGUACUGGCCUCUCAUUAGUGCUACGGCCAUGGAUGAUGGCUCAAUCAGUAGGAGGCAAGCGACAAGGGUUUUCAAGAAAAGCUCCCUCAAUGGAAGGAUCACUGUUUACCUGGGAAAAAGAGACUUCGUUGAUCAUAUCACUCACGUAGAUCCGAUCGAUGGAGUUGUCCUAAUUGAUCCAGAUUAUGUGAAGCAACGUAAGGUGUUCGGUCAUGUUCUGGCUGCAUUCCGAUAUGGGCGCGAGGAUUUGGAUGUUCUAGGACUCACAUUCCGUAAAGAUCUUUAUUUAGCUGCUGAACAAAUCUACCCUCAAGAUGGUACCACUCCUCAAAGGAAAACAACUAGGUUGCAGGAAAGGCUAAUCAAGAAACUCGGACGCAAUGCAUUUCCAUUUUACUUUGAGCUCCCACCGCAUUGCCCGGCCUCCGUCACACUGCAGCCUGCCCCAGGUGACACAGGCAAGCCUUGCGGCGUUGAUUAUGAAUUAAAAGCAUUUAUAGGAGAAACCCAAGAUGAUAAACCUCAUAAAAGGAAUUCUGUGCGGCUUGCAAUCCGCAAAAUUAUGUAUGCUCCAAGCAAGCAAGGAGAGCAGCCGUCUGUGGAAGUUAGCAAAGAAUUCAUGAUGAGUCCUAACAAGCUACAUCUAGAAGCAUCUUUAGAUAAAGAGCUGUAUCAUCAUGGAGAAACAAUAUCUGUCAAUGUACAUAUAGCAAAUAAUUCUAAUAGAACUGUGAAAAAAAUCAAAGUAUCAGUUCGACAGUUUGCAGACAUUUGUUUAUUUUCCACUGCACAAUACAAAUGCACCGUUGCAGAAGCUGAAAGCGACGAGGGAUGUCCCAUUGGUCCUGGGUUCACUUUAUCUAAAGUUUUCACUCUGACUCCUCUACUGGCAAAUAACAAAGACAAAUGGGGUCUUGCUCUAGACGGUCAAUUGAAACAUGAAGAUACAAAUCUUGCGUCGAGCACCCUUGUUGCUGAUCCGUCUCAAAGGGAGAAUCUAGGGAUUGUUGUGCAGUACAAAGUUAAAGUGAAGCUCUGUCUUGGAGCCUUAGGAGGUGAUUUAGUUGCUGAGUUACCGUUCAUUCUAAUGCAUCCCAAGCCAGAAGAUGACUCUGUGCCCUCAAGUGGGCCCAAUCCUUCGGCAGGUGAAGCUUCUGGUGAUGUUCCUGUUGAUACUAAUCUUAUCCAACUGGAUACGGACUGCUCUCCUCAGCCAGACGAUGAUUUUAUUUUUGAAGAUUUUGCGCGGCUGCGACUAAAAGCCGGAGGGGAAACGGACGCGUAAAAGCUCUCACUUCUCUUUCCUCCUCUUUUAUUAAUAUUUUGUACAUAUAUUGCCAGUUAUGAUUAAGUUAACUUCUAAAUUUUGUUGCAUUUUAUAUCUUUUUGUUACAAGUACAAUGUUACCACUUGUUCAAUGCCCGUGCUUUUGAAAGAUAUUCAACUUAGUGUAAGUAAGAAAUCGGAAGCCAACACACAUGUUUAAAUACUCUAUGUUCCUUCUUCCUUUAGCCUCUUGAACUAUUCAAAUUUAAUUGGUGAGCACCCUCAGCCAAAAAACCAAUGAAAAUAGGAAAAAUACCCUCUUCCUAAUGUUAGCUUUUUCUUUUGAUCAACAAGUGCUGCCCUUGGCGGUUAUCAACACUUAUUUUGCACGUUGCGUGAUUCAUCUCAUGCUCUUAUUUUAAAAAUUGCUUUGUUUGUGGAAAAUGCUUUAUAUUAUUGGUGCCAAGUCUUUGCAGAGCUGCGUUGUUGAGAAUAGUGUUCAUGGUAUGAUACAGGAAACGAUGAAUUUAUUCAAAUCUGGUUUGCCUUUCAGAAAUGCUCAAAUUUUUGCCCAGUGCGUAGUAAAAAUACUCGAUAACAAUAACAACCCAUUUCCACUGCUCCAUCUAGAAUGUUUAAGUGGUCUUCCAUAAAUUUUUUUGCUUAAAAUUUUUAAAGUACCAAGGAGCCGUAAAAUUAUUUUACUAUGCUUAACAAUGGGUCUUUAAAGUCAAAACAAGCAGUAACCCUAACUAACUGUGAUUUGACUAUAGUUUUAAGAUCCUGAUGAGUUCAAUGGUCAAUACAUUGCUUGUCAGCAAGUUUUUCUAUAAUUCUUACUUGCCAGACUGGCUAAAUGUUUUUUUCAUUUUUCUUCAAAUACUAUUAAACAAAUGGGGCAUUUUUCGGUAAGGGGACGUAUGAGACUUCCAAUGCUGCUAAGAUUGUGCAAAGUAGUUCUCUAGUUGUAAGUAACUUAUCCAAAAAUUCUGCCAUACAUUUUUCCUUGAAUCUGCUCCGAGUUAUUUUGUUUUAUGGUAAGGAAGUAAGUCAACUGUAAAUGCAUUUAAUUUGCCACAAACGCUGUAAAAAAUUGCACAAUCUUAGUAGCAUUGCAAGCCUCAUACGCCCUUUUACCGGAAAAGUCUUCAAAUACUGAUCAAUUUUUUCAAAAGUGGUUUUUCACAGGGAAAGUUGUACACAGUCAGUAAAAAAUUCUCUGGUAAAUGUUUAAUUGUCCUAAACGAAAUUGGAUACAACGUUUGCACAAUCUAAAAACCUUGGCUAAUCAAUGACAGGUUUGAAAAUUUCUCAGCUGAAAGCUUGCUGUAAGUGAGCCUGACUUAGUAGGCGACGCCGCAAGGUGAGGUAAAACUACGAAAACAUUUAUCUUGAUUGCCGGUGAUAGAAAAUCUCCACUACUCUUAUACUUUUUUAAAAGAAUGUUAAAAGACACUUUAGUAUGAGAUCUUCAGACAAUAUUUUUGACAGAGCAAAGAAACAUCUCACAAAAUAGUUUUAAUAACGAUGGGAAUAAAAAAAUAAAAAAAUAAAAAAAUGCCAGGAAAUGUGCAAAGUUACAAUUACAAGGGCUCUUAGUUUCACGAUCGAGAUUUUCUUAAUCCUCUCUCUCUUCUAAUCUACAUGGAGCACAUUGUUUGACUUCAUGCUUAAUGCUAGUGAUCACAUUCUUUCAUCAUUCAAUUUCAUUCAAUCUCAAAUCAUUCUUUCAUAAUCUUUUAUAAACGAGUAAAAUUUUAAAAUCUCAUUGCUAGGUUUUUAAUGGUGCCAAUUCAGGUUUCUUUUUCUUUUUCUUUUUCUUUUUGCAACUUCGAGCUCUUUUUGGUGGAUUACUAUUAUUAAAAAAAUCGGGAAAAAUUCCUGUGAUCUCUGUGCUUUCUCUAGUUCUCAGAAAUGCAGGAAUUAAGCAUUACUUAGCAAGCUCCUGAAGUGAAAUUGAAUAAAAUAGCUCCCCUCUCUUGAUUUUUUAAGGUUUUAAGAUCUUGAUUUGAACAAAAGCACACUAAUCAGUGUUGCGCACUUUAAAUAUUUUGUCGAAAUUAAAAGUUAGAGCCAAAUUGUCAAAACUUUUUAUAUGCUCGCAGGUGACAAAAAACUGUAGCAGGUGAAAGGGGGUCAGAGAGAACCCCAAGGUUGUAACUUGGUAACACCAAGAAAACAUUACUUUCACCGUAGCCCUCUGUAGCUUUCCUCUUUUACUAAAACAGGAAUUUUUUUCACACUUGGCUGUAUCAUUGUCAGUGAAGGAAUUUUUUUUUUACCUCAGAUACAGUGCAUUGUCCCCGCAUUAUGCUGAAGUUCAGCACAUUUCCACUAUUUUGUCGACGAUUUGCAAUUUUGCAAGGUUGGCAACACUGUUUUUCCUCCAUUUAAAGCCAUUAGCAUGUGUCACGCUAUCAAAAUACUCCAUCAAAAUGUCAAAGUCAAGUGCUGUGAUUGGUCCGAGUCAUCGAAUAAGCCAAUUAAAACAUCUGAUCUUUAUAUUUUGAUGGCAAGCUUUGAUAGUGUGACAUAGGCUAUAGGAACUAUCAAUUUUUGGUGAGGUAGUGAAAAGGUGCAAAAAAAAAGUUUAGUUGUCUGAUCAGUAUUAUCUGUAUAUUUGUCUAACCAUGGUUAAUGCUCUAAUUCAUUAAUAUUUGUCUAAAAUUGCGUUCUCCACAUGCUAUCCCGGAUAAUCCAGGAAAGGGUGGGAGGAUCACGCGUUAUCAGAUUUUUUUUUAUCCAAAUCGAUGUUUUUCGAAUCAAUUUGGAUAGUUACGAGUUUUAUGUAACGGGAAUUUUUGGGCACUGAGGUCCCUUUUCCUUGGAAUGGUCAAGUGGACACAUUUUUGCUGAAGGGAACUGUGUACAAAUGAGUGAAGGUUCAAUAGCAACUAUGAUCCUCGUAAUUCCCAUGUACAUAGUUCCUUUUAAUUUAAUUCAUUUGCCCAUAAUUCAAUUUAGUGCAAUUACGUUCAAGUGAUAAAUAACUCAGUAUUAGAUCGAAAAGAAGUAGAAUAUUCAAAGGGCAUAUCAAAAAUAAAGUUUGACACGUAUUAAGGAGUUGAGUAACUUUUUUGUGAUUUUGAGAGUCAUAUGUUGCAAUUUGAAUGAUAACACGGAAGCUUACGACACUAAUGAACUUUGAGAGUAAAAACGAUUCCAUUUCAUUUUACCAAAGAAAUUUCUCCGAAAAAAUGUGCUUAAUGCUUUUUCACUUAAAAGCUAAAAACGCAUUUUCACUCAAGACAUUUGAUGUUAUGUAAAAUACUUCAAAAUUUCUCCUAUUAACUUGUCAUCUAAAAUUCUGAAGUCAUUUUAUGCCAUAUUUUGUUUAAAGAUGUAGCAAUUACAGGUAGCGAUCAUGUACUACAAGUAGGACCUGUUGCCCAAAUACAUCCAAAAUAAGUGAAAAGCAAGUGAGCAAGACAGGUGAAGAUGUUGUCGAAGAUUUUUUGAAAAUCGGUUGUAUUAAUAAUGCCUCAGCCAAUUUUUAGGUAAAUUAAAUCAAUUUAUUUUUAGGUAAUUUCACUUAUAGGUGAACCUUUCAUGAAAAACUCAGACAAAAAGUCCUAGGUGAAAAAGUAUUUGACACAUUUUUUUGAGAUGAAACUAUCAGGAAGCGUAAAAAGUUUUAUCCUUCAUUUUUCAUCUUAUGAACAUUGUGAAGCUUAGCUUAGAUUUGAGUAACAUUUUAUAAACAAUAAGUCUACAUUCUCAGGGGCCCUUAGGUAUUUUAGGCUGCCAGGAAGAAGUGUAAAAAAAUUAUAUUCGUGGCGAAAAUUGCAAGUAUGGAGGACUUGAAUGAAUUACUCCUUGCACUAAUGUCAGCAAAAUCUCUCUUGUGCCGCACAGGGGGAAGUAGCCUGAUUUAUGGUUAAGUCAUAAAGCAUUUAAACAUACUUUGUAUAAGAAAAAAGCAAUUACUUGGACCAAGAUUCCUUGACUCUCUCUUACUUACGUUUUCCUAAGAAUUUGGAGGCUGGUGCUUCAAAGCAGCCAAUUUUUGUAUCUUUAAGCUCUUUCUUCUUUUUUAAAUAAUUUUCUCGGACAUCUCUGAAAUACACGCCAGAACUGUGUACAUUUUUCAAGAUAAUCAAAUGGGAUAUUGCCAUUUUAUGUGUUUUCUUCGGAUUUUUUAUUUGUUUUAAAAUUAUUAUCAGCUUCAUUUGUUGUUGGAAUCAUUUUUGAAAGAAUGUCUGCUUAAGGCCUGUCUUGUCAACGCAAUAUUUACUGUGUUUAUCAUUUUGUUGUCAUUUGUUUCUACAUUGAUUUUUAUACAUAUUUUACACACUUUUCUGCAUUUCCAAGAAGGAAUCCCGUCUUAAACUUCAUAUUGGAUGGAAUUGUUUAAUUUUUGCUAAGCACAGAGUUGUUACAAGGUCCUGCCAAAGAUUGUAUUUAUUUGUGACUUUCUACAGGAAAAGGGAGCUCCAUACGUCAAAACAAAUCUUUCAGAAGAACAACUGUACAAAUUUAGUCACAAUCAAUGUAACUGCAUUCGAUAUUGGUUAAUUUAAAUUACACAACGCCUUGAAACUCUAUACGAAUUCUCCCUCAACUAUCAAGAUUAAACUCACAAAAUUUCAAGUCAAACUUUCUGUUAAAAAAAUAAAAAACGAGAGGAGAUUAGGUGAUGUCUAAUGUAGUCGCGCAGAUUUUUGUUGAAUGUGUCCAAUUUAUGUUCAGGAGGACUAAAAAAUCUCAAUUUUGAAAAAUCGGAAUCAUUUCAAGAAUUAAUGCCCACAGAGGGCAGAAAGUUGCAUUUGAUCGGAAAAAUUUGAGCCUCAAAUAAAACACAGAUUGAAAAUGUAA